AUGCCAUCAGACGAUCCUGAACGAGAAGGAAAAACGUUGGACGAUGGAUCCUCUUGGAAGGCUCCUUUGGAGGAACUCAAAGCUCAGCAACGCAUCAUACGCUCACCCAAUCUCAAUGACCCAGGGUACAUCCGACAGAAGGCAAAUAAUAAACUAUGGGUUCGUGAGCGUAUCGACGCUUUGCUAGACCAAAAUUCGUUUGUCGAAGUUGGUUCGAUAACUGGGAAGCCAGUCGUAGACGAAGAUGGUAGCUUGAAGUCCUUCAUACCUGCUAAUUCUGUUACAGGCUGGGGCCGCAUACAUGGCAGGAAGGUUUUUGUAACUGCUGAUGACUUCAGUGUUCGGGGCGGGCAUGCGGAUGGUGGAAUUAGUAACAAGGCACCGUACGGAGAGUCACAAGCACUCAAAUUCAAGGUUCCUCUGAUUCGACUUUUGGAUGGAUCUAGUGGAGGGGGGAGUGUUGCAACUUAUUUGACUAUGGGAGCGACUUAUAUUCCAAGUCUGCCAGGCAUGAGUCGAAGCAUCGAUGUUCUUGGUGCAGUCCCAGUCGUUUCAGCACUCCUUGGACCCGUUGUUGGUUUGGCCGCAGCGAAGGCCGCCUUAAGCCACUUCAGUGUAAUGGUGAAGGGUUUAAGUCAACUCUUCGCGGCUGGACCACCUGUCGUAAAACAGGCCACCUUUGAGGAUCUGUCCAAGGAAGCCCUUGGAGGUUGGGAGAUUCACGCCACGAAUGGAACCGUAGAUAACGUGGCUACUUCCGAGCAUGACGCCUUUCUUCAAGUCCGUGCAUUCUUGUCCUUCCUCCCAUCGUCCAUAUUCCAGCUCCCGCCUGUAAAAUCUUCCUCAGAUUCAGUUACACGCAGAGAGGAAGCUCUCGUCAGUAUCAUACCGCGACGCCGGACUAGACAAUACGAUGUGCGAAGCGUAAUCAGAAUGGUUGUGGAUACAGACGGUAAUCCAUAUUCAGCUACAUCAUCUUUCUUCGAAAUAGGGGAAACAUGGGGUCGAUGCAUCGUGACUGGUUUUGCAAGGUUGGACGGGCGGCCAGUUGGUAUCCUAACAAGCGACUGCAAAGUCAAUGGAGGCGCUAUAGACGCUUUGGGGAGCCAGAAGACAACCAAGUUCGUGACACUUUGUAAUCACUUUGGGCUUCCCAUAUUAAAUCUCGUCGAUCAACCCGGUUUUGCCAUCGGUUCGAUCGCUGAGCGGAUGGCAACAAUUCACCACGGUGCCGCAACAAUGGCUGCCAUAUACAAUUCCACCAUCCCCAUCUACACGGUCAUUCUUCGCAGAGCAUUUGGUGUAGCUGGUGGGGCGUUUGCCGAUCCAAACGACGGGCCUUCAGGGGAUUGGGGUAGUCUCCCCUUGGAGGGCGGUAUCGAGGCCGCGUAUAAGCGCCAACUUGACGCAACAUCUUCUCCUGAAGAAAGAGAAAAGUUGAUGAAUGAUCUUCUCUCAAAAUUUGAGGAUGUCCGGAGCCCUUUGAAAACUGCCCACAAAUUUGGCGUUGAAGAAAUCAUAGAUCCCCGCGAUACGCGCCCACUGGCAUGCGAAUGGGCAUCGCAUGUAUAUGCACAUGUUCUCCCACAGCUGUCUACACACAGGCAAAGUAUUUACGGCGCCCAUGGCAGGACUGGACAAGGUUACAAAUUAUAA